ACGCCCCCCAUCCUGCCCCCGAAGCCAAGCAGCCAGGAGCCCAGCCGCAUCGGCACGCCAACAACAACCACCUCCGGCGCGCCUCCGCAUCCGCCGUCCUCCCUCUCCGAAGCGGGGCAGCAGUACCGGGCCUCGGUCCUCUCCUCGACCGCAGCCGCAGCCGGAGCCGCCGCGACGCCGCCUCUCCCUCCUCCUCCUCCUUCUUCGUCAGCCACAACAAGAGCGGCGGCCGAGAUUCCUGAUCCAGGCGACCAGUGGCUGCCGCAGGUCGUCCAAGACAAGUCAAAACAAGACAUCGCCGACAUCCUCUCCAGCCCAUCCCUCCUCAACGCCCUCACCCACGCCCCGCAAGCCAUCCACCCCUCCCUCGCCGCCUCCCACGCCGCCCUCUCCGCCGCCCUCGCCAGCAACACGGACCUCGCGGCGCGCCUCCUCGACGCCGAGGCCCGGCUCGCGCGCCAGCGCUCCGCGACCCAGGCCCAGCUGCUCUCCAGCCACGCCCUCGAGCGCCAGUGGCGCCAGCGCCAGACGGACAUGGACACGGCCCUCGCGCGCUUCAGCCCCGCCGCGCUCUACCAGCUGCUUGCGCAGAGCGUGCAGGAGCAGGCCGGCGUGUGCCAGGCCAUGGAGGAGAGCUUCCUGGAUGCUGCUGCUGAUGAUGCCGGGGUGGCGGGCGAGAGGGAGGCCGCCGAGUGGAUUCGCAGGUACAGGGAGGCCAAGGUGCAGUUUUAUCUGAGGCAGGAGAGGAAGGAGAGGUGGGACGAGGGGAGGGUUGGGGGGUGGAGGUGA